UUCAGAACAGGAGUCAAGUGAAGACGAGAAUGAAGACGAGGAGCAAAGAGAUGAUCUGGUGCGGCCUGAAAUGCUUUCACCAGAAGAGCUGGAGAAACUGAAGGAAGCUGUGGAGGACAGGAAAAAACUUAUCCAGGGUCUGAGAGGAAAGCCUUGGCCAAUGAAACAGAAACUAGUCACUUUAAAGGAGUCUCAGGAGUUCGUAGAAAAAUAUGAAGGCGCACUGGGAAAAGGCAAAGGAAGGAAGUUCUAUGCAUACAAAGUCAUGAUGACCAAAAAAUGGAUGAAAUUUCAAAGAGAUUUUGAAAAUUUUAAAACAGCUUGCAUCCCAUGGGAAAUGAAAAUAAAGGAAAUAGAAAGCCAUUUUGGGUCCUCAGUGGCGUCAUACUUCCUCUUUUUGAGGUGGAUGUAUGGUAUCAACAUGAUUUUGUUUGGUCUGACCUUUGGCCUGGUCAUGGUACCAGAGGCACUGAUGGGGCGUCCCUAUGGCAGUAUUCCGAGAAAGACUGUUCCGAGAGCCGAGGAGGGUGGUGCCAUGGACUUUGCAGUUUUAUGGGACUUUGGGGGUUAUGCACAGUAUUCAGUGCUUUUUUAUGGUUAUUAUAACAAUCAGCGUGCCAUUGGCUGGCUCAAGUAUCGCUUGCCUCUGUCUUACUUCCUAGUCGGUGUGGGCACGGUUGCCUAUAGCUACAUGGUGGUCAUUAGAACAAUGGCCCGUAAUGCAAAUGAAGGUGGAGUUGGAGAUGACAACAGCUUUAAUUUCAGUUGGAAAAUGUUCACUAGUUGGGACUAUCUGAUUGGAAACCCUGAAACCGCAGACAAUAAGUUUGCCUCCAUUACUACCUGCUUCAAGGAAGCUAUCUUAGAGGAACAAGAAAGUCGAAAAGAUGACAAUAUCCACCUGACUCGUUUUUUGCGGGUUCUGGCCAAUUUCCUGGUCCUUUGCUGCUUGGCAGGAAGUGGGUACCUCAUUUACUUUGUAGUGCGGCGCUCUCAGAAGUUUACACUGGAUGGGUUGGAGAAUCACAGCUGGUGGGAGAGAAAUGAGGUGAAUAUGGUCAUGUCAUUACUGGGGAUGUUUUGCCCCAUGCUGUUUGACGUUAUCAGCACCCUGGAGAACUACCACCCCCGUGUGGCUCUGCAGUGGCAGCUUGGACGCAUCUUCGCCCUCUUUUUGGGCAACUUGUAUACCUUUAUCAUUGCUCUAAUGGAUGAGAUUAACGUCAAAAGAGAGGAGGAGAAGAUAGUCAAGUAUAAUAUCACUAUGUGGGAAGCCAGUCUUUAUAACGGAACCUUAUCAGAAAACAGCACAGCUCCACCAAUCACAGUGCACCCUGCUGAUGUCCCCCGAGGGCCCUGCUGGGAGACGAUGGUGGGCCAAGAGUUUGUCCGGCUAAUUAUUUCUGAUACGAUGACAACAUAUAUCACUCUUCUGAUUGGUGAUUUCUUGAGAGCUGUUCUUGUUCGGUUCCUUAACUACUGCUGGUGCUGGGAUCUGGAGGCUGGAUUUCCAUCAUAUUCUGAAUUUGACGUGAGCGGCAAUGUCCUAGGGCUCAUCUUCAACCAAGGAAUGAUAUGGAUGGGUGCGUUUUAUGCCCCUUGCUUGCCCGCCUUGAAUGUCCUUCGUCUUCAUGUCUCCAUGUAUCUCCAGUGCUGGGCCGUGAUGUGCUGUAAUGUGCCACAAGAAAGAGUUUUUAAGGCUUCUGGAUCCAAUAACUUUUACAUGGCCAUGCUCUUAGUAAUCCUCUUCCUCUCCACUCUGCCAGCUAUAUAUACUAUAGUCAGCAUCCCUCCUUCAUUUGACUGUGGACCAUUCAGUGGGAAGAAUCGUAUGUUUGAUGUAAUUCAAGAGACACUGGAGUCAGACUUCCCAGCCUGGUUUGGUAAAGUCUUCAGCUAUGCCUCCAACCCUGGACUAGUGCUGCCCUUCAUAUUACUCAUGGUCCUGGCCAUAUAUUACUUGCAGUCCACAUCAAAAAGUUACAAACAAGCUAAUGUGGAACUAAAGAAGAAACUUCAAACGCAAAACGAGGAGAACAAGAAAAAGAACAAAAGAGCAGCACUAAAAGCAGCAAUGGAUCUGGAGGAGGCUAGGAAAGCGGCAGAGCAAAAGGAAAAUAUGAAAUCUUCAGCACCUCAAGAGUAUGAAAACAUUGAAUGGAAGGACGACCACAGACAAAGACAGUACCAGAGACGUGAAGUUCGCCAACAGCCCACGAGAAGUCCGGGCUCCAGACCCCCCCACCACCAUGCCAACUACGGGGGCCCUGGGUACCUGCCCGGGGCUCCGCGGCAGACGGAGCCGAGGAUGCACCGAACGUUAAACGUGCCAAGAUAUUAAGCAGUAAGGACAGUAGUAAAUUGAAAACAACGCACCUUAAAGACUCCAUGAGCUGUCCAUUGAAUACGUGUUUACGAAGUUGCUUUGCUUUUUACAACGUUAUUUUAAUUUUGCUGCAUGAGUUUAGCCCAUGAGUUAGCCCAUAUACAACCACUGGAGACCAGUGUUUUUUUGUUUGUUUGUUUGUUUUUUUUGUUUUUUUUCUUGCACUGAAAUGUUCAGCGUUAUUAGUUUAUAUCUAUCUAGUGGAUGUAAACACUGAAUUGUGUUUAAGCAAGGAGACAUACCUCCAAAUAUGACUGUUAGAUUACCACACAGCCAUAUUCAAUCUCUGAGGUCAGAUCAAUCAAGAUGAUACAUGACAAACCUGGCUGUCCAAUGUAGGCAACUUCUUGACCUACUUACUAACGUAAUGAUAUAAAAGUCAUCGAGCUGGAUCUCUGAAAUAUGUUAUAAGUAGCUUUUAACAAUUUAUAAAAGCCAAUGACAUUAAAUUACAGUGGUUUCAGAGUUGUAUUGAUGGACAUUAUCAAUUAAUGGCUAGUAAGCAUUAAGUAUUCAUUCUGCAGCUAUUUGAGAUAGGACAAGGUAGAAAGUGCUUAUGUGAUAUUCUUUUAUUAAGUGCCAGGAAAUUAAUCACAUUAUUUAUUUAUUUAUUUUUUACAUUGUUCCUGAAAGCACCCAGUCUGAGAACCAUAUUAACACCUGUGACCACAUGAUCCAUGUCCUGGCUGCCCGCUGUUUCACCCUAAAACUAGUGCUGUGUUUUGGCUGUGUCCCAGUCUGCUCCUACAGAAAACUGAGCCAUGAUGGGUUACACAUUACCGGACAUCUCAAUGUCCGCUGUACUGCACAAGCAUCUCCUAUUCACUACAUUAAUGAAUGAGACUAGUCUAGUAUGAGCUGUGAUUUCACUUUCAUUGUUUUUCUGCAGAUCAAAUGGUCAAUCCUUUAACAAAAUGUACUAAAAUGUUUUAAAGAAAACUGACCUGCACAAAAAAUAUGCCAUAGAGAAUAAAGUUGUCCAGAAGAUCAAUACCUUGAUGCUAAA